AUGUUGACGAAGCACCUCGCCUCUUGUCUCGCUCUGCUGCCACUACUCAGUGGACAGUCAGCUGCCGCCCCUGCGCCCUCCAAAUGCACCUUAGCAACCACCGAGACGUGGGAAGUACUCAAACCCUUGGUCGGCGGUCCUCGCCAGGAGCACGCCGCCGUGGCUCUCGGCGAUAGUAUCUACGUUGUCGCCGGCAUCGAACCCGACGCAAGCCAGCCGACCGGUGUCUCCACAAUCGACUCUGUGGAGGUGUACAACGUUCCCAAAGACGAGUGGUCCUUCGUCGCGCCCCUCCCAAUCCCUAUGAACCACGCCAAUGCCGCUGCGGCCAACGGCAAGAUCUACAUUCUCGGCGGACUCUCCGGCGGUGCGGCCUUCCGCGCGCUUCCAAACUGCUACGAGUAUGAUCCUGCGACCAACACGUGGACUGAGCUCCCUUCCAUGCCCAAUGGCACGGAGAGGGGCAGUUCCAUUCUUGGUGUCACUGGCGAUAGGAUUAUUGUUGCCGGCGGCAUCAGUCUGCUCGAGCUCGGAGAAGAUGGGCUCCAAGAGACUGUCGAUACUGUCUCGUCUUACAAUUUUAUCACAAAGGAAUGGGAGUCACUACCUAGUCUACCUGAAGGCCGCGAGCACGCCGGGGGUGGCGUCAUCGGAAACAACUUUUACGUCGUCGGCGGCCGAUUCCGCAGCCAGACGGCAGUCCGCGACACAGUUUACGUCCUCGACCUCAAGACGCUCAAGUGGAGCGAGCGAACGCGAAUGCCUACCCCUCGAGGCGGUGUCUCAGUGGCUAUUGUCGGGCAACGAAUCUACACCUUUGGGGGCGAAGGAAAUCUGGAUCCGGAGGCUGGUUUUGUAUUCAACGAAACGGAGGUGUACGACGCGCGCACCAACUCCUGGGAGAAGCUUCAGCCGAUGAACACCCCUCGUCACGGCAUGGCGGCUGUUGCGUACAAUGGAAGUGUCUACACGCCCGGUGGUGGCAUUCGCGACUUUGGCAUCGUUGAUAACAUGGAGGUUCUUCACCCCAACACAGUUAGCUGGUAG